CGGCCGGGAAGGGAGAGCGCGCACAGCCCAGCCCAGCCCAGCCGAGCGCGGUGCGAGCGCCGUCGGGGCUGAGCCGCCCGCCCCAGCCGGGCUGCGGCCGCCCCUCGCCCCGAGGCCGGGCCUCCGCGGAGCCAGGCACAGAAAAUGGGUAAUAACUGAAGACAACCUCACAGCAGGACAGUGAGAUCAGAUUGGCAAUGCAUCAGUGAGUGGCAUGAUUGAAGACAAGACAAAAAGCAGCCUACAGCAAAAGAACACACAAGCCCUGGCAAACCAGACAGGUGCCCUGUAAAGAAGAUUUCAUACCACUGCCAUACACUUAAUACGGUCCAGAAAUAUUUUUCAUAUGCUAAGACUACAACUUCAGCUGUUGGAUACAUAAAUUUUGUCAGUAACUGGAAAGCAGUUAAAUACCAUAGUUCCAAGCCAGAUGGGGAGCUAGGUAACUUCUGAAAAUUUAAGGUGCAAACUUCAUAUUUUCUCCCUGAAACUAGGUUACAACUGAACACAUCAAGAUGAUUCCAAAUUACUCUACUGAAGAAACCAUUAAAAGAAUCCACGUUGACUGUCCUGUUUCAGGAAGGCACAGUUACAUCUACGUUAUGGUUCCAACUGUUUAUAGCAUCAUCUUUAUCAUAGGCAUAUUUGGGAACAGCCUGGUCGUUAUUGUCAUUUACUGCUACAUGAAAUUAAAAACAGUAGCCAGCAUCUUUCUUCUAAACCUGGCACUGGCUGACUUGUGUUUUUUAAUAACUCUGCCACUCUGGGCAGCUUACACGGCCAUGGAGUACCAGUGGCCUUUUGGCAACUGUUUAUGUAAGUUAGCAUCAGCGGGGAUAAGUUUCAACCUGUACGCCAGUGUGUUCCUCCUCACGUGCCUUAGUAUUGACCGGUACCUGGCCAUAGUACACCCAGUGAAGUCCCGAAUUCGACGUACCAUAUUUGUUGCCAGAAUAACUUGCAUUGCUAUCUGGCUUCUCGCCGGUGUGGCCAGUUUGCCUGUCAUCAUUCACCGUAAUAUAUUCUUUGCUGAGAACUUGAACAUGACAGUCUGCGGUUUUCGGUAUGACAACAAUAACACAACACUCCGGGUUGGGUUAGGUUUAUCCAAAAAUUUGCUCGGCUUUUUAAUUCCUUUUCUGAUCAUAUUAACGAGCUACACCUUAAUUUGGAAGACCCUGAAGAAGGCAUAUCAAAUUCAAAAAAAUAAGACUAGAAAUGAUGAUAUUUUUAAGAUGAUUGUGGCAAUAGUAUUUUUCUUCUUCUUUUCCUGGAUUCCUCAUCAAGUGUUUACUUUUCUGGAUGUAUUAAUUCAAUUACAUGUAAUAACAGACUGCAAAAUCACUGAUAUUGUGGAUACGGCUAUGCCCUUCACCAUUUGCAUCGCUUACUUUAACAACUGUUUGAAUCCUUUUUUUUAUGUUUUUUUUGGAAAAAACUUUAAAAAAUACUUCCUUCAGCUAAUAAAAUACAUUCCACCAAAUGUCAGUGCGCAUCCAAGCCUAACAACAAAAAUGAGCUCUCUCUCAUAUCGGCCACCGGAAAAUAUACGCUUGCACACUAAAAAGACUACUGGGUCUUUCGACACCGAGUGAUGUGUUUUGCAAUAUACUUUUUUGAACAACCUUGUCAACGAAGCAGCAAGAAUGACAAAAUUCAUCUGCAGUCCUGAACGUGACAGCUUACUGCUCAUUACAGAAGCAUUAGAUCACCACAGAGAAAUCAUACUGUAAAGAUUUAGCAGUGGCCUUUUAUUUUACAUUGUGAAGAGGGCUGCUUGGUCUUCACUUUGUUUUUCUUUACUGAAAGCAACAUAAACAGUGGACAGGCAUGUCAGAGUUUCUGUCAGCAUCUUGCCAUUUACUCAGAACUGCAAACAAAGGGUAGAGAAAACUCCUACCUUAAGUUCAGAGGUCUUUUUAAAGGAAAAGCUUGUAUAAAUUACAUGAAUUAUGAAGGACCUGUUUUGCACAUACAUGAGCUAUUCCAAAUUUUGUUCAAUGAGUUGAUGGAGCUACACUGCUUGUUUUGCUGGGUUUUUUUUAAUGACAUAAGUGUCAUAUCAUAUUUAUAAUAUAUUUUCAAAUAUAUGCUAUAUAUAGAGGCCCAAUUUUAAACUCGAAUGGAAAUUUAAGGU